UGUGCUGCGACCUAACGACGCAAAGACGACGAGGGUCACGACGGCCGGCUAUAGAACUGGAUGCUGCGCUUCUUGUGGCUGUUUAAGGCUGCAGAGUGUAUCUGGGGAAGUCUGGACACAUAGGAGCGGGCUGUUCUCACGGGACGAUAUGUUGUUGGUAUAAUGCUUCAGAGUAUUAAGCUGAGUGGUAGUUAACAAAAUGGCAAGGCAAAACAUCGAGUAGUUAUGAGUAACGGAGUAUGCUUCCUGUGGUUGUCUUUUGAGCGACAAAUGCCGGGAUCACCAGUAGAUUGGCAAAUAGUUAGGUCGAGGGUUCAUUGACUCCGUCACAAAUGGCUUUUCGGUUUGAGCUGAGCCAUCACUGCGUUGGAGUACGGAAUAGAAGCAUGCGCACGUCGUUCGUUAGCCAUUAUCUCGCGCAGUGGAAUGCGAUAACUACCUCCAAAGACCGGCUGUUACACGUGGAAGUGCCAAACCUUGGAUUAUGGCUGCGGUGUCGUCAGUGGUGGUGGUUAAAUAGGUCGAGCAAACUCCCAAGUCUGGGCGAGGGUUUGUGAUCACCAAAGCAAUCCCACCUCAACAACACUUGAAGCUAUCGACACCACCACCGACGGUUCGAUGAUGCUGCCCUCAAGUCAACGAGGGAGACGACCAUGGCAGCAGUGCCGCAGAAGACCCUAGAGUGGCUUUACCGAGUCCUGACCACAGUGAGAAACAUCCUUCCCGUUGCCGCCUGUUCACGGAGUACAAGCAAGCUGACCAUUGUCAAUUAAUUCACAUAGAACCAAGCAUAUCGCGACCCCAACAGGACGUAUAGCGAUACCGCGCAGCUCUUGGCCCAGUUUCCUUCGUUUUCUCCACGGACGGACGUUUACAGUACGCAUUUUCAUCUCCUCUUCCUAGCUUGCCCUUCGCUGCGGCCGAAUCCAUAUACUAAGCCAACGUUCUGUUAGCAUACGAAAAUGGUGCCUCAGCUCUACUUCUGCACUUGACAGGCACAUUACCAGUACAUUUCAGAGGAGCCUUAUACUGGUUUCCAAUCGCAGUAUGGGUCCCGAAUACAUACCCCGAUGCAUGCCCGAUGGUCUAUGUGACCCCAACAUCCGAGAUGCUGGUACGACCAGGACAGCACGUUAGCAGUGACGGGAGGAUUUACCAUCAUUACCUAGCUCAUUGGGCUGAGGCUCGUGAUCGGUCUACACUAGUUGAUUUCCUUCUGAUAUUAAAAGAGGUCUUUGCUAAAGAACCACCAGUGAUAUCUAAAGACGCUCCAGUUAGAAGACAACCGACCCCGUCGCAGCAGAGCACUCCACCAGCAGUACCACCAUUACCAGCUGAGCUAGCACGACCUGCACCAAGCGUCGCCCCGUCGACGCAGCCACCAACCCCCCCAAAACUCCCUCCGAAGCCGGGUGGAGAGAGGCACCAAACCGCUUCAGAACGGCCAGCUGAGAACACAGUCACAUCGCGCAAUGUACCGCCACCUUUGCCACCCUUGCCUGCUGAGCUACAGUCAACAACUCACCCGCGAGAUGGUCCUGGGCUAGAAAAUCGAGGAAACCAGUUUCUGCCUCAGAGAUCAAGUAGCUUAAGGAGCGACGUCACUCCGAUGCCCCAGCCGCCACCUCCAACACACCCAAGUCAACAUCAGACUCAAGCAUUCAUUCUGGGAGCUCAUGAUCGCAGGCCAUCAAGUGUCCAGAAUCCGCCAGUGGGGUCUACACCCCAUGCACCUCAAUAUCAGCAAGCAUACCAACCUCCAUACCUCCGUCAACAAUCUCCUCCCCAGCACAAUAACGCUAUAAUACAUCCAUCUCAACAACAAGCAAUCCAUCACCCCCAUAGCCCUCUACAUGUUCCACAAAGGGAUGCCCAACCGCCUCUGGCCGCAAACAGCUCUCCGAAAAAAACGGAAACACAAGACCUUCUUACUUCUCCCUUCGAUCUCGAAUUUCCCGCUCAACUACCCUCGUCAUCACCACCACCAAUCCCUCCAAAUCCAGAGAAAGAUGUCCUAUUACAAACUCUCUCAAGGACGCUAACCCAAACGAUUCACGCCAAUAUCGAACAGGCGAAUUCUCGCGUAGAGCCACUGAAUUCUCAGUCAAAGGCAUUACACGAUGCCAUUUCCACUCUUCGAUCGGAGAUUGCUGCGGUAAACGCAUUCCACUCUAAUAUCCAAUCAAAUACCCAGAUUUUACAGCAAUCUCUACGUCGCGCGGACGGCGUUAUAGCAGACGCAAAGUCACGCAUAUCAUCGUCAUCUGCAUCUUCCUCGAAGCAUCCAGCUGGCCUACCUGCUAUCGAUGAGGUACUGGUUCCCCCAACGGUGGUAGGAAAGCAAAUCUAUGAUCUUGUGACGGAUGAACGCGGUAUUCAUCGAGCGAUAUAUGCCCUCCAGUCUGCACUUGUUAGAGGACGGGUAGGUGUAGAUGUGUGGGCCAAGUCCACACGGAAUUUAGCUCGAGAGGCAUUUUUGAAGAAGGCUUUGAUACGCAAAGCCGCCAAUGGGAUGGGGUUAACUGUUUAA